AUGCCCCUUUACGUCGGCAAGGGGGAGGUGGCAAAGACGACGACGUACCUGUGGAGUAGCGUGCGCCCCCGCGGCGACACCCCCCCGCACGGCUGCUGCCACUCGUUGGUGAACUACAAGGACGAAUUUCUCAUCCUCUUCGGGGGCGGGGCUCUGCAUUUUGUGUACAACGAGGUCUACUGCUUUGACCUCAAGACCUUUACGUGGACGUACAGGGAGGCCGUCAAUGCAGACAUAGUUGAGCCACGUAUUAGUCAUUCCGCGGUUAUCUACGGUGAUAGCAUGUACGUAUACGGCGGAUAUCAUUUAUAUAUGCCCGUGUUGUUCUCAGAAGUGCUUGUGCUUAACUUGCAGACAUUUACCUGGUCAUGCCUACAUCGCGCUCCACCGGAGCCAGAGGGCCCAGGAGAGCGACGUCUACACAGUGCUCAUGUAUACCGCAAUCGCAUGUACGUUUUAAUGGGGGAACCGUGCAGCACCUCAACGUGUUUCUGGUAUUUGGACUUCAAUACAAGUACGUGGCAUCCUGUGCAGUCUGUGGGUGUCUUCGGGAAGCCUAUAGUGCCACUGAUAGGCCAUAGUGCGCAGGUGGAGGGGGAUUUUCUCUACGUCUUUGGCGGAUACCACACCCACACGAUGUCUCGGACGGGAAACUUUGCCUACAGCAAUUCCCUUUUUUACUACCACUUUCCCACGAACGUGUGGCGUGAGGUACAGCCACGCUGUGGCCCUCGCCCUUUUCCACGUUACUCCUCUGCGAUGGUUGUGCUGCACGGACGCGCGUACAUCCACGGCGGCGACAACGACGGCAACGUCUACUUUGACGACUUUUGGUGCAUUGACGCAAGGUCGCAGCUCCCGCGGUGGAUCGACCUCACCUUGAGUUGCGGGAAGGCACGCCCAAGUGCCCGCAGUGGCCACGCCUAUACUCUCGCCCAGGGCGCACUUUUUGUCUACGGCGGGGAGCUGCCAGGUGAGACGGAUGUGCUUUACUACUCCAACCGUUUUUACCGCUAUCCCCUGGGCCUCUUUACGCGUUUGCCGUUGACGGAGUUGGCCUCCCGCUGGCUGGCGAAGUCCAACCAGGUGAACCUGCGGGUGCUGCAGGAAAGCAUUCCGUCUGGGCUGCGCAUGGCGUUGUUGCGCAACUCGCCGGAUGCUGUGCCUGAGGACAUUGACGCACUCAUGCCGUGUACCAGGUCGCUGUGA